AUGUAACAUGAGUGUAACUGGUUUAUGUAUCUUUGUACCGUAACUGGCUUGUAUGUUAUUCGGUGCAGAUUUCGACCCGUUUAUACGAUAACCCAAAUCCAAGCGAGUCAAAACAAAACAAUCAGGAAGGGAAAAGAGAGAAGAGUUUGGUAGGGCAAAUCGAGCGUGAUGGAAGAAUUUGAGAAGAAGUUAUCAAUCAGAGACGACAGCGACGGCGAAGAAGAAGCUAAGAAGAAGGUGUCCACCGUCGAAUUGCUUCGCGAAUUCCUUGGAAUUCAGCAGCGCAGAGCAGAAGCAUACGCCAAGCUCAGAAUGGGGUUCGCCCGCUAUAUGGAGUCUUCGUCUUCCUCGGCCGAGUCCGCCUAUCAAAAGCUUUGCGGCGACGUCACCCAGGAAUUUAGUGAUUGCUCGAGACAAGUGCUCCACUUGGAAUCCCUCUUCCUGGGUCCUCAUUAUGACCGCCUUGAUUUGGCCCACCUCCUCAGAGCUGUUCAAACCCACGAGAAGCAGAAACUGAACCUGACGGCUACACUUCAGCUGUUGAAGAAGGCCGGCCGACCCUCGGAGCGGCUGGUGAGUCAUGAGAAUUGCAGGUUUGAGAAGCCAAUGGAGCAUCAGUGUGUCCAUCUCCAUGAAAUAACCGAAGCUGCUGGAACUGAGGAAGCUGAAGCCAAUGCCCAGUAUGAUAUUGAUCUCAAGGAAGCCAUUCGAGGGGUGCAGGACUCUGUCACUGCUAUAAAUGAACAUUUGGAAGAAGUCAGAUAUGAAAUUGCUGCCCAUGAAGCUGACUGAUUGGAGGAGGAGGCAUUACUGAUUUGUGACUCCCAGGGGUUGCUGUCAAUGAACUGUGGUUUCAUGUUUGCAGAACACAGGUCUAGUGCUUAAGUAGAUUUCUCGUCAGAAAUAGCACAUGAAAACAUGGUGAUAUUCCCCUAGAGGCUGAUUGGUUACCAUUUCGAUUUCAUGUUAUAGCUUAGAAAUCUAUCUAGUUUUUCUGAUAACAAAUUUUUGCUUGCUUUUUUGCUUAGCAGACUCUUCUCCUAUUUAGAUAUUGUGACUAUUCAAGGAGUGGCAAACAUAGGGUUUAAACUUAAGACUAUAAAAAGGAAUUGUUCACUUUCGAAUCAUUUUGCAUAUGUCGAUUGCUUGUCC